UUGAUUAUUGGAGAUUGCUGGCCUAGUGUCUAACUAGGGCUAAUUAAUAUAUAGUUGGAGAAAGUUCAGUACUAUACAAUUAGGUACCGCAGGAUUGUGUAUUUUUAGAUACUAGUUUGGCUCUGCCGAUUACUUUAAUACUUGGAAGGCUACGUAUAUGAAAGUCCCUAACCUAGAAAAUAAAGUACUACCUAAUCAUGUACAUAUGUGUAUAUAUAAUACUCGUUCCACAGUACCCUAGAAUAAUGCAUGCAGGGCUAUUUGAGAAAUCAAAUCUAAUUAGGUUAUUGGUCUAUUAUUUUCUACAUGUGUUUUCCUUGUUUGGUUUGGGACAAGAGUCUACUUCAAAAUAGCAAUGUUUGUUUUUUUUUUGUUUUUAAUACCUACAUUGAUGAUAAAGACUCGUACUCAAUUAAAUUGGUUUUCAUAGUAAAGACUAGUAUGCUUUUAUAUAAUCUUACCACAUAUAUAUAGGUUCAUCUUCGGAUUUUGACCUAACAAUUUGGCACUCUAAGAUUGGACAUUAAUAAAAUAUGUUAGUUAUGAUCAGUCUCAAUAAAAGUUGUGUUGGUUUUUUCUAUGUGGUUCAUAGUAUUUUUUUUUGUCGCCUACAACUCUUUUGGUUAAGGGCAAAUCUCCAAAAUAGCACAUUUCUAAGUUUAUAUCACAAAAAUAGCACUCAAAAACUAAAAUGAUCAAAAUAGCAUUUUAUUUUUUGAAAAAAUUAAAUUUUUUUAUUUUUCAAAAUUUGAAAUCUUAUCCCCAAAAUCUCAAUUCUCAACUCUAAACCCUAAAACCUAAACUCUAAACCCUAAACCCUAAAUUCUAAACCCUAAACUCCACCCUUUGAGUGCUAUUUUUGUGACUUUUGGUCUUGAGUGCUAGUUUGAGAACAAAAAUUUGAUUUAGUACUAUUUUGGUCCUUUUCUCUUUGGUUAAUGACAUUCCGGCCACAUUAGUACAAAACAUUAGACUUGUGUAACAACUAACAAGUUCCGGUUAAGAUUCUAAACUCUAGAGCUUUUUAGUUUGACAUUAUCACUCAUAGAUUCCCGAUACGAAGCUUACGAAGGGAACCACUGACAUUAUCACAGUUCAAAGAACUUGGAUUCUCGUAGCUUCCCGCUAAAUACAUGAUCCCAUCAAACAUACGCUUGGAGUUUCAACUCAUUUGUGCAUUCGACAGUCGAGACUAUCGUAUAGUGCUAUAUGUCUCCGAAACUAUUGGCUCUAUCUAUAUCUUCCCGAAAAGAAAAUUUCAUUCAUAUUUUCCUCCGAAUAUAUAUAGAUCGAAAUCUAUUUCCCCUCAACCAUCGAAUUAGACGGUUUAAUAUCGGUUUACUGUUUUAAGUUGAACCGUAAACCACUUAAAGUUAAUAGUUAACCAAAUAAGAUCCGAUUAAGAUCCAAACCUAAUAUAACCUGAUUAAAGACCCAGCCACGUUAAAAAAACAGACCUGAGUUUGAUCUAUCGAAACCUAAAAUCCCAAAUUGUAGAGCCGUAGAAGGAAAUCUUCUUGGAUUUGGAAGCCAAGUCGACAAGAGAUCAAUGGCAUCAGUCUUUGAAGCUGUUCAAUACGUGUAAGAUGAGUUCGACGAAGAAGCUGUGGAGAGAGACAAAUUUGAAAUCGAGCAUUUUGGUCUACUUAAUUUUACUGUGUUUUGGUUUAUUCCGGCUAUAGUUUAGAUCAUAGGUCGGAUUUCAUCAUUAAACCGUCUAAUUCAAUGGUUGAGGGGAAAUAUGUUGAGAUCUAUAUAUUCAGGGGAAAUAGGAAUGAAACUUUUAUUUUAGGAGAGAUAUAGAUAGAGGCAAUAGUUUCAGAGACGUAUAUUACUAUACGAUAGUUUUCAUGGAGAAAUAGGUAGUCGACCCUUAUAAAAAGAAAUAAUAAUAUAAAUUAAAAGUCGUGGGAUAGAGUGAUUUUAUUAAACAAAACUAUUGUAGUGAUAAAAUUUGUAUAUACGUUGAAUUGAUAGGCCGAAGAAAGAAAAUACCAUAUGGAUUGUAAAAAUGUGUAAAUUAGGGUGUUGAAAUUCAACACCAUUGUUCAUAGUCUAACAAAAAAUGGUAUUUCGACAAAACAGGUGUCUCUCUCACACACAGGUUCACGUUCUGCAACAUCCCAACCACAUCCGAUUUCUCGCCGCGAGUGCACCGUUGAUUCAAUCGGCUUCCCUGGAAUAUGAAGCGGAUGAUCGUAGUGAUGCAGUUGCUAGCUACGGUGGAUUGGAUAGAGACAUUUGAUUCGGUUUUAUUCUAUAAAAAAGGUUGAACAAUGCUCGAGAAUCAAUCCAAAGAGCUUAGUGAGAACAGAGAAGAUGAGAUCACACGUCAGCUUUGUGCAAAUGGGCUCUUCAUGAAAACAACUGAAGUCGAAGCAAAGCUUGAUGAAGGAAACAUCCAAGAAGCUGAAUCCUCUUUGAGAGAAGGCUUAUCACUCAACUCCGAGGAAGCAAGAGCUCUCCUUGGAAGACUAGAGUACCAAAGAGGCAAUCUAGAAGGCGCGCUUCGUCUCUUUGAAGGUAUUGAUCUUCAAGCAGAGAUCCAGAGGUUACAGGCUUCUGCUCCUCCCCCUGAGAAGCCAGUUACUAAGAAAAACCGUCCUCGUGAACCUCAACAGCAACCGGUUCCACAGCAUGCUGCUAGCUUAGUGCUUGAAGCUAUCUACCUAAAAGCCAAGUCGCUUCAAAAGCUUGGGAGAACAACCGAGGCUGCAAGAGAAUGCAAAAGCGUUCUUGACUCCGUCGAAAAAGUCUUCCAGCAAGGGAUAUCUGAUGCUCAAGUAGACACAAGACUUCAAGAAACCGUUAGCCACGCCGUGGAGUUACUUCCAGCUCUAUUUAAAGACUCUGGUGAUUACCAAGAAGCUAUAUCUGCUUAUAGACGUGCGCUCUUAAGCCAAUGGAACCUCGAUAACGACUCUUGUGCAAGGAUACAAAAAGACUUCGCAGUCUUUCUUCUACAUUCUGGAGUAGAAGCGAGUCCACCGAGCCUAGCUUCUCAGGUGGAAGGCUCCUACACACCUAGAAACAACUUGGAAGAAGCUAUCCUUCUCUUGAUGAUUCUCAUCAAGAAGUUCAACUCCGGGAAAGCGAAAUGGGAUCCGUCUGUGAUCGAACACAUUACCUUUGCGUUAUCUCUAUGUAGUCAGACCUCGGUGGUCGCCAAGCAGCUUGAAGAAGUGAUGCCUGGUGUGUUCACCCGUGUUGAGCGUUGGAACAGUUUAGCUCUUUGUUAUAGCGCAGCUGGUCAAACCAGUGCGGCGGUUAACCUUCUUAGAAAGUCUCUGCAUAAGCACGAGCAGCCUGAUGACCUCGUGGCGCUUUUGCUAGCUGCUAAGCUUUGCAGCGAGGAGCCUUCUUUAGCUGCGGAAGGCGCGGGCUACGCGGAGAGGGGUGUAAAGAAUGCUCAAGGGAUGGAUGAGCAUUUGAAGGGAGUUGGUUUGAGGAUGUUGGGACUUUGUUUAGGGAAGCAAGCCAAAGUCCCCACGUCGGAUUUCGAGAGAUCUAGGCUUCAGUCUGAGUCAUUAAAGGCAUUAGAUGGAGCUAUAGCCUUUGAGCAUAACAACCCUGACUUGAUCUUUGAGUUAGGUGUUCAGUACGCUGAGCAAAGGAACUUGAAAGCUGCUUCGCGUUAUGCUAAAGAGUUUAUUGAUGCAACUGGAGGGUCGGUGUUGAAAGGGUGGAGGUUUCUGGCUCUUGUCUUGUCUGCUCAGCAACGGUUUUCGGAAGCUGAGGUUGUGACUGAUGCUGCUUUGGAUGAAACUGCAAAGUGGGAUCAAGGACCUUUGUUGAGACUUAAGGCAAAGCUGAAGAUCUCUCAGUCUAAUCCGACAGAAGCUGUUGAGACUUACCGUUACCUUCUAGCGUUGGUUCAAGCUCAGAGGAAAUCUUUUGGACCGCUUAGAACUCUUUCUCAGAUGGAGGAAGACAAAGUGAAUGAGUUUGAAGUAUGGCAUGGCUUAGCUUAUCUUUACUCAAGCCUUUCACAUUGGAACGAUGUAGAAGUCUGUCUGAAGAAAGCCGGCGAGCUUAAACAAUACUCUGCUUCAAUGCUGCACACGGAAGGUCGAAUGUGGGAAGGAAGAAAGGAGUUUAAACCAGCAUUAGCAGCUUUCUUGGACGGUUUAUUACUAGACGAAUCAUCGGUUCCUUGCAAAGUAGCCGUUGGAGCAUUGUUGUGUGAAAGAGGGAAAGAAUAUCAGCCAACACUUCCUGUGGCGAGAAGCUUGUUGUCUGAUGCAUUGAGGAUUGAUCCGACAAACCGAAAAGCUUGGUAUUACUUGGGAAUGGUACAUAAGCAUGAUGGACGCAUAACUGAUGCUACUGAUUGCUUCCAAGCUGCUUCCAUGCUUGAAGAAUCUGAUCCUAUUGAAAGCUUCUCAACCAUUCUCUAAACCAUUUUUUUACAAAGAUUUGUUAUUGUUUCAUUAUUUAAUAUGUAAAAUUUUAAUAUUGUAAUGUCUUCAAACUAAUACGGCUUUUAAUCCACAAACUGAACAAAGUCAAAAGAAAUGCAUACAAUAUAACACAAUAUUUGAGUCU